CCGUCGACGCGGCGCGCGAAGGAAGUGCAGUGCGACCAGGCCAACCACUUUAGAGGCGUGCAGCCUUCCGACACACCAUUGCCGUCUCGCCUUACAUUGACUGGCAGGUACCCCCGUCUUACUCUGCUGACCGCACCUCGUCCAUGGUCUCUCCCUCGUAUAUGCACACCACUUGGACCUGUACAUGACCGUGCUCGCUGACCGCAGGCAGCAUGGACCACCAGGACUUGGACCUCGCAGCUGACUCAAGAGACGUGGGUACAGCGCAGGGAGCGUCCGGCUCUAGCUCUGGCACUGCAUCUGGGUCUGGUUCUGGCUCUCGUUCCUCGUCCCCAGUGCCAGUAGAGGUGCCUGUCCAGACAGAGGAUGGAAAGUCGCAGGAUCAGACGGCCAGCAAUGACGCUCAUGGGGUGGAAGCAAAGAGGAAGAAGCUCUUUGCCCUCUUUCAGAAGAAGAACAAGGAUGACCCCGAGGCGUCUGGCUCUGUAGCAGCUGGAGCUGCUGCCGAACUUCCAGCCGCACCAACGAACAAGCGUCCCGCCCGCUCUCGCGCUGCCAAGACCCGGCAGACGACCCUAGUCGACCUGACAAUCGAGCAAGAUGACGAGGAAUGGGCUCCCAGCUCAAUUGCGUCCUCUUCUCGCCCGAAGAAGAAGAGCAAGGCGGCCAAGGAAGUGCAGCAGCCGCCGCCGCCGCCCAGACAACGAUCGCCUCUACCGCCGCUGAAGCUCAACGUUUCAGGGACCGGAUUGGCUGAUGGGCAGGUCGCUCACUCGUUCUUCGACCGGAGACCAGCCGGCGAGACAUCUCAUGGCGGAAGUGUAGCUCCCACCACCAAGGAGAAGCUUACUCGAUCUGCAGUGUCGUUGGGAAGAAAGAAGCCGACUAUGCAUGUUCCUUGGCCAUCCCGCGAAAGCGUUCACGUCCUCCCUCCAGACCAAAUGAGUGGGAUCGGAGCGGAUGCUGCAGCUGCUCGAGGCCUUCCCUUCGCCAGAUCGGACGUCAAAGGCAAGGGCAAAGCAAUCAGCAAUGGCGCCAAAAGCCUCAUAUUCCCGUCGCAAGGUCUCGCCGAAGAGGUCAGAAGGAAGAAGCGAGGUCGCAAGCCAUCUCUCCCCCUUCGCAGCACGAACGGCUCUACUCUACAACACCUACCAGACGCAGUGCCGGAGUCACUUCGAGACCACUCCGCCUUCAGUAAUGCUGUCGAGCGAGGCAAGAGUCAGUCAGUGGGUGACGCAAACGUAAUAUGGUCGGAUCGCUGGAGACCGCGGUCAGCCGAAGAAGUCUUGGGCAGCGAAAGUAGCGCCAAGUAUUUGCGAGACUGGCUGUCCGAGCUCAGGCUUGUUUCGGAUACAUCGCUCGGCUCUAGCAGCUCGAACGUGGCUGACAAGAGAGCCUACGGGGAUGAUACAAAUACACCAGAGCCUUCGGUCAAGAGGCGCAAAGUGCAGACCAGCGUGGACAAGCUGCCGAGAAAAGGUGCCAAAAAGGGCAACGGAGAUGCUUCAUUCAUAGUCCAUGACGAUGAAGACGAGCUGUACGCCUUUUUCGAGAAUGCUGGGGUACGUACCUCACAGCAGACGGAUGCCGACAUCGAUGACCUGGGCUGUGGCUUUGAUAGCCAGACAGACAAUCAGGAUUCUCAAGACGAAGCAGACCUCGACUUUCGUGCCAGCGAUCGUCUCACGAAUUGCAUCCUUCUGUAUGGUCCGCCAGGCUCCGGCAAGACAGCGGCCGUCUUCGCAUGCGCAGACGAACUGAACUUUGAAGUGUUUGAGCUGUUCCCAGGUGUAGGCAAGAGGGGUAGCAAGGAGUUGAAGGAGGCAGUGGGCGCGCUUGGCCGCAACCAUAUGGUCUCUGGAGGUGGAAGCGGUGGCGGUGCGAAUCGAGGCAAUGGACCAAGCGGUGGAAAUGCUUUCAGGGCUCUCAUGAGCUCUACGAAUGGCAAGGUGCCCUCUGGACGUGAGACAAAACCCAACUCUGGACGUGAGACAAAACCCAACCUGCGUGGCAGGAUGGUCAUUCCUGAUAGCUCCGAGACGGAGGACAGUCAGCCUUUAGUGCAGGAAGGAGAAGAGAGCACACCCACUGUCAGCGGCACAAGGCCCUCGAGCUCGACACGACAAUCCUUGAUAUUGAUCGAGGAAGCUGAUGUGCUAUUUGAGGACGACCGAGCAUUCUGGACCGGAGUCGUGGACCUCGUCAAGCAGUCGAAGAGGCCAGUCAUCCUGACCUGCAAUGGUGAGUAGGCUGGCGGCACAUCAGUAGGAAGUAGAUUACACGUGAGCUGAUAGACUGUCGUACACCAUCGGUACAGACCUGUCGUAUAUCCCGCAAGACCU